GCAACGCGCCACGCAGCGCACCCGCAGCCGCCAUGAGGAUCGUGUGUGUGUUAGUGGUGGCGCUGGCCGCCGUGGCUGCGGUCCAGGCCUCGCCCGUCGACACCAAGAAGGCUGUGGCGGAGGCCAAGGCGGCCAAGGCGCCACAGCCGGCGGCCGAAGGGGUGGCGACGGAGAACAAGCGGAACAAGAAGAGCUUGGAGUGGGGCAGUGCUGACUUUGGCGGCUACGCCUCUGGCUUCAACUCGUACGACACCGGCCUCUCUCUGGGCGGCGGCUUCGGCGGCGGCCUCGGCGGCGGCUGGGCGGCCCCGCAGCAGCCCGAGGGCGUCUGGGAGAAGAAGCUCGUCUGGAAGACCGAGUGGAAGCAGAUCUGGAGGACCGAGCAGAAGCAGAUCUGGAAGACCGAGUGGAAGAAGACCCAGGUGCCCGUGGAGCGCGUGAUCCAGGUGCCCGCCUGGAAGGAGAUCCAGGUCCCCGACUGGAAGAAGGUGCAGGUGCCCGUCGAGAGGGUGAUCCAGGUCCCGGACUGGAAGGAGAUCCAGGUGCCCGACUACAAGGUGGUGCAGGUGCCCUACUGGAAGGACGUGCAGGUGCCCGUCUGGAAGGAGGUCCAGGUCCCCGACUGGAAGCAGGUGCAGGUGCCCGUCUGGGAGAAGGUCUGGGUGGAGGAGCCCUCGCACGGCUGGGGUCCCUCGCAGGGCCGCUGGGAGAAGAAGCUCGCCUGGAAGACCGAGUACAAGCAGGUCUGGCGCACCGAGAAGAAGCAGGAGUGGGUCACCAAGAAGGAGCAGGCCUACAGGGAGGAGAAGCACCAGAUCUGGAGGACCGAGAAGAAGCAGAUCUGGGUCAACAAGAAGAUCCAGGAGUGGAAGGAGGAGUCCGUCCAGAUCUGGAGGACCGAGAAGAAGCAGAUCUGGGUGCCCAAGAAGGUCCAGGAGUGGAAGGAGGAGCUCAAGUCCGUGCAGGUGCCCGCCUGGAAGGAGGUCCAGGUCCCCGACUGGAAGCAGGUGACCGUGCCCGUCUGGGAGAAGGUGUGGGUGCCGCUACCGCCCAAGGCGCAGCAAGGCUGGUGGUAGUCGCCAGAGUCAGCGCUGUCAGCAGUCCAUGAUCUCCAUCCCAUCUGUACAUACCGAAGCCAGUCACCGCCAUGUCAAAUACACAAACUACUUUUUAAGAAAUCCGA